GCGCACACGCGACCGCCUCGUAAACGGGCCGUCACUGGAUUUCCUGCGGCGCUUCGCGACCGCCGGCGCCUACAGCGAGCACAGUGCGGGAAGAGUCGGCAGCGAAGCUCGGCCCCGCCGCGGGAAACCGGCGCGCCCCAGCCAGACGCGAUUGCGCCUCGUAAUUUUUUUUAUUAUUAUUGUCCUCGACUCGCGAGGCGGUGUGCCCUCUGUGCGCGAGCGUGUGUGUGAGUGUCUUCGCUGCCGUGGAACUGCGGACAGAAGAGGCUGCUUACAAUUUUUUUGACUGUCGUGGAAGAUUUCGGAGGACUGGUGUGGAGUCGUUACUUGAGAAACUGUUAGCUGAAAGGAGGUGACAGGAAGUGAGGAGGUACUGUAGUGGACAUCGAGAGGAUAGGAUAGCAAGAUUGUGGUGGACUGUUGCGGCUGUGUUAGAAACUGUAUAGGAGAAGUGUGGGAGAGAUAGUGGUACUCAGAGGUUGUUGUAGAAUUGUGGAGUUUUGCAGAGAAGUUUGUAACUAGCUCCUGGGAGAGUUCCGUAGUGUUGCUAGGUACGAAGAUUUCCGAACGGCUCAGUUUAGGGGCUAGAUUUAGUGGAAGCAGCAGCGGCUACGGAGUCGGCGUCCGGGUCCGGGGCGCUGUCAGUCUGUCAGCGCGUGGCGCGCGGGCCAGCUGAGCGGUGGGCGUGGCCUCAGCUGACGGUGACGUCGCGUCGCGUCGCAGUAGCGGCCCUGCAGUCUGCGCCGGCCAUGGCGUCCGCGUAGGCGCUCCAGCCCCGCUCCGCAGCACCAGCAGCACCACAGACGAUGAGCUCCAAGUUCCUGCUCGACAGCAUGCUGCCCAAGUACCACCACCAGCUGUACCAGCACCAGCAGCACCACCAGCACCUGCUGGCGCCGCCGGGCGCGUCCACGCUCUUCUCGCCGUCGCCCGACUACUCGGGCGCCGUCGCCAGCAACAACUCGCCCAGCUCCGGCGGCUCGUCGUCGCCGCCGCCGCCCCCGACGGCGUCGGCCGUGUCGUCCGCGGCGGCGGCCGCGGCGGGCCGCAUGUACCCGUACGUGAGCGCGGCCGCCGUGCACCACCACCACCACCAGGCGUUCGCCGGGGGCGGCAUGGUGCCGCCCGGCGCCUUCACGUCGCCGUCGGCCGCGCUGGCGGCGGCGGCGGCCGUAGACGCGGUGGCGGCCGCCGCCGCCGAGAAGAGCUGCCGCUACACCGCGGGCUCCGGGGGCGGCACCGGCGACAACGGCGCCGGGGCCGUGGCGGCCGCCUCCAGCCCCUCGGGGGCGGUCGUGUCGGCGUCGGCGGCGGCGGCCACGGCGUCCGCCUCCAUGGCGGCGGCGGCGCAGUUCUACCACCAGGCGGCGGCGGCGGCUGCGGGGGCGGGCGCCGACCCGCUGGGCACGUCCUGCUCGCAGCCGGGGGCGGCGGCGGCGGCGGCCACGCAGCCCCUGCCGGACAUCCCGCGCUACCCCUGGAUGUCCAUAACUGAUUGGAUGAGCCCAUUCGACCGCGUUGUCUGUGAUCCGGCCCUGAUAGACACCAAUUACUAUUAUCGGCCCAACGGCUGCCCACGACGACGCGGCCGGCAGACCUACACGCGCUUCCAGACGCUGGAGCUGGAGAAAGAAUUCCACUUUAACCACUACCUGACGCGACGCCGGCGGAUCGAAAUCGCCCACGCGCUCUGCCUUACGGAGCGCCAGAUCAAGAUCUGGUUCCAGAACCGCCGCAUGAAGCUCAAGAAAGAGCUGCGCGCGGUCAAGGAGAUCAACGAGCAGGCGCGCCGCGAGCGCGAGGAGCAGGACCGCCUGAAGCAGCAGCAGGAGAAGAAGCUGGAGCAGCAACAGCAACAGCAGCAGCAGCAACAGCAGCAGCAGCAGCAACAGCAGCAG